CUCCACACUCAUCCCGUCACGCCCCUCUCUCUCACUUCCGCUAUCACGCUCUGACACCGCGCUGCAUCGCGCAAUGGCCUCGCUGCUCGAUGGCGCGCGCACGUGGGACCUGGCGUCGGUCGACGACCCGUCGGACUGGGAGGCGCCGUUCGAGUAUCUGCGCCCGCUCGACGCCUCGCUGCGCUGCGAGAUCUGCAUGGCCAUCUACACGGCGCCAGUCUCGAUGAAGGAGUGCGGACACGUCUUCUGCUCGAGCUGCGUGCGCACAUGCAUCAACCAAGCAGGUGGAAAGGGCAACGAGUGCCCGACGUGCCGCACGAAGGCAUUUGACUCGCACCUGCAGCCGCACACCGCGCUCGAAGCUGCGGCGGAGUCGUGGAAGGCCGCCCGCGCAAAGCUCUUUGAGCUGCAGCGCAGCGGCCCUGGCGCCGCCAGCGGCUCCUCGGCCGCAGCCGCUUCGGGCAGUACCUCGCCGCUGCGGCAAGUGCGCAAGCGGAAAGCACGCGGAGACUCGCCCGGCUUCUCAGAGGAAGCCAGCACGCCAACAGGCAAUGCUGGCGAGUCCUCCCGCGGUUCACGAGCUGCAUCGCGCAGGGCCAGCGCUCGGCUGGGUGGCGGCGCAGAGUCUCCUCUGGUGAUUGACAGCGAUGGCGACUACUGCUACUCGCCCUCGACGAGCAAGAGCCCUGCCAAGCGCCAGGUUGGCGCUGCGCGAAGUCCCGUGAAGAACGCUGCUGUGUACAACGGCAAUCCUUCUCCGAAAGACACGUUCGCGUGCCCAAUCUGCGAGCAUCAGUUCACGCAGGUGGCGCUCGAUCGUCACCUCGAGAAGGGCUGUGUGCCGGGACGAGGUCCACCGACGGCUGCAGAAAGCGGCCUGGCAGCUGCCGGUGGUGGGCCCGGCAACAACUGGCUGAGCAAGGGUGGGAGCAAGCCGGGCAGCACUGCGGCCAGUGCGAAGAGCAGCAAGAAGCUCACACGGUCCAACUACGGUCUGCUCACGGAGAAGCAGCUCAAGGAGCAACUGCUUGAGCACAAGCUUGCCGUCACUGGCGCGCGCGAGCGCAUGACGGAGCGCUUGCGGCAGUGGGUCAACCUCUUUAACGCGAACCUGGACGCAUCGGAGAAGAACCGCAAAAGCCUGUGGAGUCUGCAGCGCGACCUGCAGGAGUGGGAGCGUGGGCAGGAUGCUGCUGAGCGGAGCAAGAGCAAGGGCGGCGCACUGCCGGAGAAGAAGGCCAAGACCUGGGCGAGCGACAACAGCGACCAAUUUGCUCAGCUCAUCGCCCAGGCCCGCGUCUCGAACCAGCAGAACAAGCAAGCGCACCGGAGUGCGCCGGACGACGACGCUGAGGGCAGCAAGAGCGGUGCCGCUGGCGCACCUGCUGCUGUUGCGAACGGCGAGGACUCGCAAAACCUCUACGGCGACCUGAGCGGCGACGAGGCGAUGCUCGCGUCGGGUCAGUUCGAAGGACUCGACUCUUAGCGCGCGCUUCGCCUUUGCGCGCUCGUGCAAGCAGUCAAGCAAGCCAGCAAGCCUCGCACGCUCCCCUUCUUUCCUCACUCCACGUCACACACACACAAGCCAGCUCGCAGCAUUCCUCCUGUACAACAAGCGCAUCGAUUAUGAGCCGUCUGACG